GUGAAUAUAAUGCAGAUAUCUUCGAUACUCUAUCUGAUAAUUCCAAUACAACUAUAAUAUUGUCAACAACAAUAAGAAGAACUGACAUUAUAUCAAAAUUUCCACUAGAAUUGUGUUGGCAUAUAAUGGGAUAUUUGGAUUUAUUUAAUAUAUGUCAAGCAGCCCAAGUUAGCAAAAGGUGGAGAUGCAUUGUAGAUAGUGAUAGAUUGAUGUGGAAAUCGCUUUUGUUGUCAGAUGGCUUUGAUCUUGAAGAAUCUGAAGAAAUAUGUGCCAUAUCAGAAAAUUGGCACAUUCCAUAUUUAUUAAUAUCACCAUAUUAUAAUAAUAAACUAGCACUUCCACCAAUACAAAAUAAUCCAUUUAAGGAAAUAUACCAAGAAUCAGAUGUAUCUCCUGAUCUGGAUUCUACUUAUUAUUGGUUGUAUUCAAAUUAG